AUGAAUAGAAAUAGAAAUUCAACAAGAAUUGAAGGUAAAUUGGUUCAAGACUAUCAAUUAACUAUGGAGACCUACAAAACCACUGGAUUCAUUGCUGCCACUGAUUCUACCAAUUUUCUCAGUUUUACAUCAUCCACAGAGAUGAAUCCCAUAUCAUGCGAGCAAGUAUCAGUCCAUUUUUAUGAAAUCCCAGGCUCCGAUUCCUUCGCUGACAGUGACUUUUUGUACAAUCCAGCCACCAAAAUUUGGAUCUGGUGUGAAACACCAAGAAUCGAUUUAGAUCGUGGACUUUUGAUCAACUCUGCUAGAGAAGGUUUUGGAUGUCAUAUUACGAACAAAACAAUUGAUAUGGAUGGAAUGUUCUACCAAGGAAGAUCAUCUCUUUGA